GUAUCUUUAAUCUUAUAGUUGUAACAAUGGAGGAGGUUCACUAUAAACCAUUUCACAAGACCUAUAGGCUCGCUACAUACGCAAUGAUCAUCGCCGCCAUAUAUCCUAACCCUGAAAAACGUAAGAUCCGUUGGUUUUAUGGAACGAUGGUCGCUCUGUCGGCGGCACCGUUUGCUAUAUUCAUCAUGAUAGCAAUAUACAGGUUCUGGAUGGUCGGGGACGUGGUUAACGUUAUAAAACAAAGCACUGUUGGCGGACCAUUUCUUGGUGGAUUUUUAAAGGUAAUCAUGAUGAACUACCACGAGGAAAGCGCUUUAAGUCUAAUAGAUGAAAUGAAUGCGGAUUAUGCAAUAUACAGCAGGCUACCAGCACACCACCGGGCCAUCGUGGGCGAGGGUAUCAGGACGAGCCGAGUGUACGCCGAGCGGGGCUACAUCGCCUUCAUCUCCUUCUGCGUCCUCAACUUUCCCUUCCUCGCCUCCGUCAUGAACGCUUACAUCUUCCUCGCUAAAUCUGAAUCACCGAAAUACUUCGCCCACGACGUGGCCAUACCAUUCUUGGAGCCAGAUGCGGUCUUUAUCUCGCCGUACUUCGAGAUUAUGACAGUGUAUACGGCGUACUGCGCUUUCUUAUACUUGGUUAAUUUUAUGGGUUACGACGCUUUCUUCGGGCUGUGUAUCAACCACGCAUGUCUCAAGAUGAGAUUGUUCUGCGCAGCCAUGGAGGACGCAAUGAAGGCGCCGACAAGGGAACAGAUGCGCAAGCGCGUCUCUCUUGUCAUACAAAGUCAGUGUAGCGCAUUCAGUUACGUGGACACAAUACAAGAAGUGUUCAACGUGUACAUCGGCAUCAUUCUGUUCGCCACAAUGAUACAGAUAUGUACGUGCAUGUACCACGUCACUGAGGGCUACGAGCUGGAUCCCAAGUACAUCGUGUAUACACUCGGUACUAUAGCUUAUAUCUACAUCCCCUGUCAUUACUCUUCUAAGUUGAAAGAUGUGAGCUCUGAGACGGCGACGUUGCUGUACUGUUGCGGCUGGGAAGCAGUACCGGACCUGUGGCCGCGUAAAGCACUGCUCUAUAUGAUCCUACGCGCGCAACGACCGAAAGAAAUCAUCGCCUUCAAUAUGUUUGUCUUUGAUAUGGAACGAUUUGUUGCCAUACUGAAGUCAUCUUACUCAUUGUACACGCUGUUGAGAUCAUAA